CCUCAGCUGCCUGGGAUCGAUGCAUGAAGAGAUUCCAGGGCGGUGGUGGAGGAAGGGCCCAACGCCUGAGAUGACCCAGCGGAGGAAGAACCCGGCCGGCACCGGUUGGCCAAGACUACAAGUCCCAGGAGUCCGAGCGGCAGGCCCUCUACCUUCUUCUCAGAACCACGUUUCCCAGAACCAUCGGGAACCUCACGCAAGUCCCCUCGAAGUCCCGCCCCCUCCUCCCACGUGAGGCUCGCUUACAUUUCGCAGAAAGCAUGACAGCAAGGAGAGAGGGGAGGCGGCGCCCCCAAUCUGGCCUGGUUUGAGAUGUUCCCAGCCGUGGGAGACAGACAGACUGUCAUCAAAUGUCGGGAAAUAGCUGUCAUGAGACUCCUCACCCCCUGACACUUGACACCUUUCCCUUCCCGGCGCCUGAAGCCUUCGUUCCAUAGCUGCAAAGUCGUAGGUACUGUUUCUGUUGACUGAGCACCGAAUGCUUCCUAAUCCUCACGCAUCCCUGCUGGGGUAGAGACUGAAUUGCUUGGGGUCCCAGUCAGGGCCAGGAUGUCAGGGUCCGGGUCCAAGCUCAGCAUGGUGGUGGGAGUCUGGAGCCCACGCCCUUCCCGAUACACACGAUCAGCUGUGCUAUGGUCUCCCGGUUCCCAUUCUUGUCCGCGUGGAAUCAGAUGAAGAGGGGGACAAGGUGACAGCCUUAUGCGUUUGUCUGUUUCAUUCACUUCUGUGUUCUUCGCUCCUGAGAUGCGGUCUGUCGUGAAUGACGUGCUGUCCCACGUCUGGGGCUCGCACUGACCGAGACCUGGGCUUACGCAGUGUUAAUGAUUCAUUUCUUUCUUUCUUUUUUUUUUUUUUUUGAAGAUUUUAUUUAUUUAUUUGAGAGAGAGAAUGAGAUAGAGAGACAGCAUGAGAGGGGGAGGGUCAGAGGGAAAAGCAGGCUCCCCGCUGAGCAGGGAGCCCGAUGCGGGACUCGAUCCCAGGACUCCAGGAUCAUGACCUGAGCCGAAGGCAGUCACUUAACCAUCUGAGCCACCCAGGCGCCCCAUAAUGAUUCAUUUCUUUGAAAAUGGGGACUUCCCAUGUGCCUCCUCCUGUGGUGGGUGAUGCUGGGGACCCCAGAGGAGUCAGACCAGGACCCUGAUCUCAGAGAGGCUGCAGGCUGGCCACAGAGAUGGAUUUAGUCAGUGAGCUGUCAAGUUGGUUACGGCUGUGACAGAACAGGGACCAGUUGUAAGGGAUGGGGUGGGAGCUUGAGAGAUGGAGUUGAGGGCUUUCAUGGGCCCUGGUGGAAAGCCAGGCUGAGGGGCACUGGGGAGCCAUGGGAGGUGUGUGAGCAGGGGAGGGGUCAACACUGAAUGUAGAGAAGUCCCUCUGGGGUCCCCUGGGGGAUGGAGAGAGGCCAGGAGAAUGUGGGCAUGGGGGUCCUGGGGGAGAGGAGAAGGCCUGAGUAGGGGCCAGGUCACAGAGAUGGAGGGGAGAGAGUGGAGGGAAGAAGAGGCUAGUAGUGGGCUCUGAUCCAGCACACCCUCCCUUGCCUCACCUCCCAGUCUGGCAGAGCAUGGCUCCCACUCCCUCCUCUUUAAACAGACACUAACCCCCCACCCUGUUUCCCACAGCCUGGCCAUGCCCUCCAGGCUUCUCCUGCGGCCAUCCUGGGUCCAGAGCCCCCCUUCUUCCUGCUGUCUGCCCUCAACUCCCUACCCCCUGUCCUUCCGGAGGCAAACUCAUUGACCUUGAAACUGUGUGACCUUCAGAGCACCUCCAUUUGCUGGUCUGUAAAAUGGCUGCUAUAACCAAUACCACACGAAUUUAUCCUGCAGUUCUGGGGGUCCUAAAUGGGGGUCACUGGGUUCAGGAAGAGAGUCCAUUUCCUUUCCUUCUUUAGCUUCUAGAGGUUGCCCUGUUUGGUGGCUCGUGGGCCUUCGUGCAUCUUCAAAGCCAGCAGGGUCGGUCUCUCGGCCCCUCGCUCUUCUGCCUUUCUCUCCUACUUCCCAGUGAUGGUGUGGGCCCACCUGGACAAUCCAGGGUCCUCUCCCCAUUUUGACAAACAGCCUUAAUUCCAUCUGUGACCUUACUACCCUUUGCCACAGAAUGGAAUGUAGGCCCAGGUCCUGGGGAUUACAGCGUGGACAUCUUUGGGGCCAGUGAUCUGGGGGGCUGGCCCUUCUACCAGGACGCCCGCAGCCCGCACACUGAGUCAGCUUGUGUCUGGCUUUGGGGUGCUGCUGGGGGUGCUGAGCACCUUUCACAGCCGGAUGAGGGCCAGGGCAAGGCUGAUUGGGGAGGCCCCAGCUGCUGGGGGUGCCGUGGGCCAUAGGGGGGCACGUUGUUUCCCUGCUGGGUUCCCUUCCACCUGCUGCUUCUGCUGGGGCUGGUGGGGAGAUGGGAGAGCCCAGGCUGGACAGGGUGGAAGUGUGGGUGCUGCUCAGACCACUGGAGCUCACCCUGGGUGGGGGAGGGGGCAUGGGCAGUGGCUGUUCCAACCCUCUGCAGCCCCCCCUCCCCCAGGGGCCAGGCCUCCAGGCAGUGGCUGUGCCAGGCCCUCUGGUUCUGCCAAGGGAGAGAGUCUAGAAUGGAUACGGACACGGAUGAGAGGCCCAGCCAUCCCAGGAGGACCUGAAGGGAGACAGUAUGGGGGAGCGUGGAGGGUGAGGGAGGUCCUAUCUCCUCCGACUCUGGAGAAUAUGAGAUGUGGAGAUUCAGUAAGAGAUGGAUAGGAGAAUGGGGAGGCAGAGCGAGAGAGGUGGAGAGAGAGGGACAGAGAGGCAGAGAGAAGGAUAGGGGUGGGGGGAGACAGAGACGGGGUCAGGGGAGAUACAGAAGACCCUGAGAGAGUGGGACAGAGACCCCGAGAGACCCUGCGGGGCAGGGACACAGAGACCCCAAGAAAUGGGGUGAAAUGGAAGGAGAGGGGGAGGGGAUGCAUGCAGGUGCAUGGGACUGCAUAGACACGGCAGCUGAUGGCAGCCAAGGCAGGGAGGGGAGGUGAGAAGCAGGCCAGGCUGCUGGGAGGGAUCAAGUGGAAGAGGAGACAGAAAAAGAUAUGGAGACAAAGACCCAGUGAGAGGCAGAAACAUGAAGAGCUCUAGCGAAAGACCGAAAUAGCAUCGGAAUCAGUCUGAAGGAGAGCACUCGGGGGAGACAGACGGACAGGGAAACGGACACCAUGGAGAGAGGGCCAGAGGGCCGUGGGCCUGCAUGUAAAGGCGGGACUGUGGACAUAGCAGAGGAAUUUGGGAAUGAGAGUGACCACCCAUCUUGAUUAUCCUGGGACCGAGUGCUUCCUGGGAUCCAGGGCUUUGGGGGCUCAAACUGGAAAGUCCGAUGCCUUGGUCCCCUAGGUGGAACGGGGCAGCCCUGGGCCAGGGGCUUUUCUGGUUCAGCAGGUCGUUGGUUAUCAUUCACUUCCCUCCCAUCCCUCCCAUCUUCUCUUGCUGCCCUGGGAAAUGCGCCUCCCCACCACCCUUCCAUUGCCCCCUGCUCUGGGAAGAAACUACUUUGUCUGCUUUCUUUGGUUUUCAAACUCCCAAAUGUUUCUAAACUAAAGGUUAAAUUUUGCUCCACGUUCUGAGUCUUUUGAUGUAUCCACGGAGCUGCCUCAGAUAUAAAUGCACUAAGCUCCAAGGAGGGGUGGGGGGGGGCGGGGAAUCCAUCUCUUCUUGUCUUCAGAAAACAUUACAGAGAUGCCUCUGACCCUGGCCGCACAUCAGAAUCUCCGGGGGAGCUUUUAAAAUCCAAUUGAUGUCCAGGCCCCAUCCCCAGGCGCCGUGGUUUAAGUGGUCCAGGGUGGAGCUGGGCUCUGGGAGUUUCAAAAGCUCCCCAGGGAUCCCCAGGGGCAGCGGGCUGAGCCCCAUCCCUCCGAAGUGCCUGUGGUUGUGGAAAUGCAACCUUAAUAGCUCCCAGGGGACCCAGAACCCCAGCACUAAGUGGUUGAAAACCCUGGGGUGGGGGAGGGGGUCAUGCAAAGACCGACUUCUUUGUCUAUAUUUGGUUGUUCUACAAGCAUUGACAACCAAGACCCAAGCUGGGGGUCCCUUAGGAGUCAGAUCUUAUUCUGUGCACCCCACUCUUAAGCUCCUGGUCACAGCCUGGAAGGAUGGGAGGGGAGAGCAGGCAGCCACACUGGGAGCAGGAGGGGUUUUAGGAAGUCUUCUAGAGGAAGCCGACACAGAGCAGAACGGAGGCGGGAAAGGGUACUCCAGGCAGAGAGCACAGCAUGUAUAUGCAAAGGUACUGGGGAGUGGCAUUUUUUACUAUCUCUGAGUUAUAUGUGGUUAAGGAUAUUGGGGGGUGGGGGGGGGGGAGCUGUGCGUAGGAUGUAGGUGAGAUGGAAAAAAAAGAAAGGAAAAGAAAAGAAUAAAGACCAGAGGGAGUCAGGUCGUACACAGCCUCCAAGGCCAGGCUGAGGGGCUGGGACUCUGGGGGACGGGGCGGGGACGCGACCUGAGGGCCACAAGAAGGCUGCCAGCAGGGAGGGACAGGGUCAGCUCUGGUUGUAGAAGGACCUCUGUGAGAGCUGGAGGAGAGAGACAGGAAGCAAGGCAAAGGUCCAGGGAGAGAGAAACCCUGGGAGCGGGGCAGGAAGGUCUCCGAAUUCUGGUUUGCGAAACCAAAUUCCCUCCCAGAGCCGGGCGGACUAACUUCUAGCUGGGAAAAUGGUCCAACACCUCCCCCGUGUGGUUACUCGUAGUUUUGCAACCAGGGCCUCUAAAUCAGGACGCUUUUGAGAAUUAAAGAGGACGCUGUUACCAAUGAUGUUGGAAGAACUGGCCCAAAGUGUUUGCAAUCCGCGAGACAAAAUCGUAGUGAAGCUAUAAAUCCGUUCCUAAUCAAAAUUUGCUAGGCCUUUCCUGGGAAACCCAGGAUGUUCGGUCACCCUAUUCAGGAGCUGCCCUUUCAGAUGUUGAGUCGAAAUGAAAUUGUUCAUCCGAUGAGAAGGUGGAUGAAGCUCAACCAAAGGCUGGGGUGUCACCCAGGGCAUUCCAUCUACUGGGGGUGAAGUCACGGAGUGGUGAGGAGGAGUUUAGUGAGGGAGCUGGUAACAGACUGUCUUCCAUAGGAAAGGGCAUUGACAGUGGGUAUUGAAGGUUGAAUAGGAGUUUUCUAAGAAAAGAGAAAGAUGUGUUGAUAGAAUAUAACAAUGAAGAUGAUAACUACAGACUUUUUGCAGCUGACAAAUUCCAUUCGUGUCUUUGAUCUCAAGUUUUUCUGGCUGUAGCCACCUGGUCCCACUGAACAAAGAUUUUCACCUUUGUCAGACUGAGAAGAAAACCAGGGUUCAGAGAGAAGGAAUAUAUCUGAAGUACACAGCAGUCUGUGUUGAUACCAGGUGAGUCAGCCCUGCUCUCUCUCCCCUCUGUGCUAUUUUAUUUUUAAAGAUUUUAUUUAUUUGAGAGAGAUAGAGCACGAGCAGAGGGGAGGGGCAGAGGGAGAGAGAGAAACAGACUCCCCUCUGAGCAGGCAGCCUCUUGUGUUGUGGGACUCCAUCCCAGGACCUUAGGAUCCUGACCUGAGCCAAAGGUAGAUGCUUAACCGACUGAGCCACCGAGGCGCUGCUCCCCUUUGUGCCUUUGCAACCAGAAUUCCAAUGUCCUUCCUCCUUUCUAACUGCUCCUGAAAGACUCCUACUCAUCCCUCAAAACCCAGCUCCCUGUCUCAAACCAGGGACUCCAGGCCUCUAGCCCCUCCUUUGUCAGACCCAGGAGGCUGGACACCUGGCCCCUCCUCCCUUUGAUUCGGAGACCUGUCCCUCAAACAGAGCCGGGGAGGCUGUGUACCAGCCAGGAUGGAAUGGGAUCUGCUGAUUCAGUCCAUUUAUUUGGUCUCAGAGGCCAGAGUCAUGAUCCAGGGCAGAAUGCUUUUGGAUUAGGCGUCCCUGUGUCUUCUCAUUGCUGAACCUAAGGGAAGAAGACACAGAGAUACACAGAGGCAUGGGAGAGGAGGAGAGGCUAAGUGGAUAAAAUGGGGGCCCAAAAAGACAGAGAUUCAGCCCGCCACCCCUACCCUCUUCCCACUCACCUUGUUGAAGAAGUAGAUGGAGGCAAGGAUGGUGAAUACAGCCAUGGCCAGGGUUACAUUCUGGGGGGAGCAGUCAGAGGUCAGGGCCCACUCCCUGCCCUACCUCCCCCCCCCCCCCCCCCGCCAGACCCCUCCUCACUUCCUGAAAGUUCAUGGCCAUGGCCUUGAACUCCGUGCUUUGCUUGGUCUCCUUCCUUUCCUGGACUCUGAACCAGAGAGGACAGAUCAGCCACUAGAACCUAAAAGGGGUUGCCUGGGAGACCAGAAUGGUGGCCGUGGUGACGAGAGAAGGGCAUUCUGGGUAGAGGGGACACAGGGCAGAUGCUUGAGGGAGAGGGGGACUGGGAUGCAGAAUGUUACAUGCAGUAUCUGAACUUGGGAGCGGGACAUUUGAGAUUGCAGAAUCCAGAUCUCCAACACUAUGCUGAGUUUGGUCCCCCCAUCCCACCCCAGGGUGCUGGGAAGCCAUGGGAGGCUGAGAAUAGGGGCGGCUCUGGGCGCGUCAGUGUCUUGGAGCAGGGAGGAGGCUGGGAGCCGGGAGGUGGCCCCAGGGAAAACAGACACAAUGUUGACAGGGACCGCAGCUGGACUGGGGACUCCAAUGAGUCUUGUCACCCGUGCUGGGGGUGGGGUGGCGGCACCUACCUGUGGACCACAGGCACAGGGACAGCGCCAGAGACUCCAACCGCCCCCACCCCGGGGGUCCCUGACUUUCACGCCACCAGCCUUCCCACUAGCAUUACAGGCCUCCGACUCUUUUUGUCCUUUACGCCUUUAGAACUAACUUCUCGGUUUACCAGAAACACAGAGGCUAAAGAAACAAGUACCGUCGAAGGUCAUUAUCCACGGGUCCCAUUUUUGCGAAUUCACCUCCCCCUAAAUUCUCUGUAAUCCCAAAACGCAUACCCGUUACCCUCUUGCAGGCAUUCGUGGACAUGCGCAGAACGAUUAAAAUUUUGAGUUGCUGGAUGCACACGUGUUCCCAGCUGAGGUUCUGACGAGGGGACACUCUGCCCUUUGAACUCAUUAAUCCUCAAAGCAGCUCUCUGAGAUUGCACUCGUUCCCAUUUUAUGGAUUUGAUGAGCGAGGAGGCACAGAGAGGUGCGGUAACUUGCCCACAGUUGCACGGCUUGUAAACGGUUACGUUAGGAGUUUGAACCCAGCCAACCCAAAUCCAGGGUCUGGGUGUUCAACCACUGGCCCAUGCUGGCUGGGGCCAGAUGUGGGUGGCACCGGAAGGUGACAUCUCCAGGAAGCCCAAGAGAGCUUCAAAGAGCUCCAACAUUUAAGGGGUGAGAAUAGAAAAAGACAGACUUGGGUUGUGGGGAGAGAGGAGAAAGUAGAGAAAGUGUCUAGAAUGUGGGGCUGGGUGGGGGUGGGGGUCUCUUUGUGUCCUUUCGCACCCAGGUUAAGGGCCCCUGGUUCAAAUCCCAGCUUCGCCACUCACUGCCUGUGUCCCCUCAGGCAAAUUAUGGGACCCGCCGUGCCUCGGUUUCCCCAUCUGCACGAUGGGGGCGGUGAGAACCGCAUCAACCCCCGUCAGAGGUACAGUGAAGAUAAAGCUGGCUACUCCGCUGGCUAAUCCAAGGCUGGCAAGGGCCCUGGGGGAGCCGGAUCCCAGGAGGCCACCUUGGCUCCCGGGGUAGGCAUGCCGGGACCCGCUUUUCCGGGGGUGCUGAGGCAGGGGUAACGAGCGGGUGGGGCUGCGGCACCGACAGCGGGCUGAGCUCAGCGUCUGGGCUGCGUGGACAUGGACGGGCCGGGGUUUUGGGGGCUCCCCGCUGGACUUCUGCUCCUGCUGCUAUUGCCGCCGCCACCCCGGGCCCUGGCCGAAGGACCCCUGGUGUUUGUGGCUGUGGUGUUCCGCCACGGCGACCGGGCCCCGCUGGCCUCCUACCCCACCGACCCACACAAGGAGGCCGCCACCACCCUGUGGCCGAGAGGCCGGGGCCAGCUGACUGGGGAGGGGGUCCGCCAGCAGCUGGAGCUGGGACGCUUCCUGAGGGGCCGCUACGAGGCCUUUCUGAGCGCGGAGUACCGGCGGGAGGAGGUUUAUGUUCGAAGCACUGACUUUGACCGCACGCUGGAGAGCGCUCAGGCCAACCUCGCAGGGCUGUUCCCCGAGGCUGCCCCGGGGCGCCCAGAGGCUGCCUGGAGGCCCAUCCCUGUGCACACGGUGCCCGUCACCGAGGACAAGCUGCUGAGGUUCCCCACGCGCAGCUGUCCCCGAUACCAUGAGCUGCUGCGAGAGGCCACCGAGGCUGCCGAGUACCAGACUGCGCUGGAGGGCUGGACAGACUUCCUGACUCACCUGGAGAACUACACGGGGCUGUCGUUGGUCGGAGAGCCGCUCCGCAGGGCGUGGAAGGUUCUAGACACGCUGAUGUGCCAGCAAGCCCAUGGUCUUCCCCUCCCAUCCUGGGCCUCCCCGAAUGUCCUACGGACACUAGCCCAGAUCUCAGCUUUGGAUAUUGGGGCCCACGUGGGUCCACCCCGGGCAGCCGAGAAGGCCCAGCUGACAGGGGGGAUCCUGCUGGAUGCCAUCCUUGCCAACUUCUCUCGGGUCCAGCGCCUGGGGCUGCCCCUCAAGAUGGUUAUGUACUCAGCUCACGACAGCACCCUGCUGGCCCUCCAGGGAGCCCUGGGUCUCUAUGAUGGGCACACCCCACCGUAUGCUGCCUGCCUCGGCUUUGAAUUCCGGAGGCGCCUCGGGGACCCGGACGAAGAUGCAGGGAACGUCACCAUCUCCCUUUUCUACCGCAACGACUCCACCGGCCUGCCCCUGCCCCUCAGCCUUCCUGGGUGCCCAGGCGCCUGCCCGCUAGGCCGCUUCCGCCAGCUCACCGCCCCGGCCCGGCCUCCGGCUCACGGGGUCCCCUGCCACGGCCCCCCUGAGCCUGCCACCCCUGCAGGUGACGGCCACUGGCACUGGGGUGGGAGUGUGGGGGGGCGCUGGUCCCGAGACUCACACUCCCGUGUUCUCCCCGCAGCCACUGUGGUGCCCCUGCUGGCCGGGGCCGUGGUAGUGCUGGGGGUGCUCAGCACGGGGCUGGGCCUGCUGGCCUGGAGACCCAGCUGCCUGCGGGCCUGGGGGGGCCCCGUGUGAGCUGGGAGCCCGGGCACCCCUCCCCCACAGCUGGCACUGCGUCCCAACACGACUGCUCCCCCCGCUGCUUUGGCUUCCGUUGACUUACUGCGUGCGCCCGUUCUGGGGAACCGAGGGGGCGCUCCCUGGCCGGGAAGCCGCAGGCAGUCGUGCGCGCUCCUGCGGGUCGGCAUCCGUGUGCACAUGGGCAUGCGUUAAGGGCGGCUUGCGUACACGUACGUGGCACGCGUGUGCAUACACGCGUGCUUCCUGGGUUCUGUGCACACGGGUGCACGCACCCACCUGACCCAUCUCCGUGCACGCACGUGCACGCCGGUCCGUGCGGGUGCUGUGUACUCACGCACGGGGGCACAUGGCACGUCAGUGCCCGUGGGGACAUGCGUCCGUGGGCACAGCCACGUGGCGCGCACACCAGCUCAGGGAGCCCCUCCGCGGGUCACACGCCCCGUGGAGACCCGGCUCCGGGACCCUCGCAGGCUCUCAGUGCCGCAGCCCGGCGUCACCUUUUUCUCCAUCCUCCGGCUGCGGUGGGGUGGGUCAGGCCCGCGUGCACAGGGACAGCGCUCGGCGAGGGCCGGGUCCCGAGCCACGGCAAAGCCGGAGGCGGGCUCCGAGCGACCGGCCUCUGGGCCCCACCGCGUCUGGCAGACCCCACCACCCUUGCCUCGAGGCUCCCGGACGCCGGCAGCGCUGGGAAUACGGCUCAGGGCUCCCAGCACCGCACAGGCUCCGGCCGCUUGGCGGUGGCCUGCGGCAGCACCCGCCGGCUGCCACGCGGCCACUUAAACGAAGGCAAGUGGAGAACUGAGGUCCCAGCUGCACUGGCCGCAGUUCAAGGGCUCUGGUCACGCACGGCUGGCGGCUGGCGGCUGGCGCGCUGCUCGGACGGUAGAUGGGGCCCCCGUCACCAAGAGCACAGCUCGCGCAGCGCUGAAGACUAAGAAAAGCCACUGCACACCUGCUGAGAGAAACAGCAGGCUCUGUUCGUGCUGUCCCUGCACUUAACUGCUCAUCCCAGGAGGGGAGGUGCCACCUCCCCACCACAUACCAAGCACUGAAUGGCCCAAACCUGGGGCACUGACAGUCAUGCCUAGGUCUCCAGCUGCAUGUACCGCACAGCACUACGAUCGGGGGAGGCCACCAGACUGACAGAAGCUACUCCUAGCCACCAGAUCCCCAGACUUCCACCUGCGGGGAGGGAGGUGCCAGGGCCCUCGCACAGGGGCCAGCAGCCCUGUCUGCACAGCUCAGAGAAGCUUGGGACCUCCCUCCUCCAUGCCCAUCCCUGGGUGGGGACCGGGCUCUCAGAACUUGCACACCCCCCUGCCCAUCAUCGUCCCUGGAGGUAUGGAGCCAUCACAGGGCCUCAAAAAGUGUCAUGCACUUGGGGGUGGGGUGGGGGGGGGAGAAGCAUCUUCUUGCUUAGAGAUUCAGACCCAAAGUUCUAGCAGGUUCCCCUACCCUGUUUUGAGUGGCCCCAACAGGAGCCCAGCCUUCUCAGCA